GAUGUCCCCACCAAGUUGGUGGCUAAGGCUGUGGUACUCCCUAUGACGGUGCGGGGCCACUGGUUCCUGAGCCCCCGCACAGAGUACAGUGUUGCGGUACAAACCGCCAUCAAACAGAGCGAUGGGGAGUAUCUGAUCUCCGACUGGAGCGAAGUGGUGGGAUUCUGCACAGGAGAUUACUCCACCGCUCACCUGAAGCAGUUACUGGAGAAGGCGGAGGUCAUUGCGGGUCGAAUGCUCCCAAUGUCAGUCUUUUACCGGAACCAACAUCAGGAAUACUUCGACUACACCAGGUCUCAUCAUGGCAACGUCAUGCAGCCCUGCCUGAAGGACAACAGCGGGAGUCACGGAUCGCCCGUGAGUGGGAUGUUACGUGGCGUGUUCUUCAGCUGCAACACGGAGUUCAACACAGGAGAACCUCCUUUGGACUCACCUUACGGUUGCCUGCGUUUCCAAACGCUGGCCAGCAAGCUCUUCACACCCAGCACCUCUCUGUACUUCGCCGAUCUCUACUGCAUGUACACGGCCUACCAUUAUGUCAUCCUAGUGUUGGCGCCCAAGGGGUCAGCGGGGGACCUGUUCUGCAGCGAGCGUUUGCCGUUACUAGACAGCGCCCACAACCCCUUCCUCACUUGCACUGAAGAAGCCGGGCACCUGGUCUACCACCACGCGCAAGAUGUCAUCUUGGAGGUGAUCUACACCGAGCCUGUGGACCUCUCGGAGGGCAUGUUGGCAGAAAUCCGUGGGCAUCAGCUCAUGAGCCUGUCCACCGCCAAUGCCAAGAAAGAUCCCAGCUGCAAGAUCUGUAACAUCAGCGUUGGGCGUUAGCCUGGCCUGGCUGGCGACCUGCUACCAAUGUCAACACCAGCUUCACACACUUUGAGGAGAUUCUCAGUCUGUUGAGGAGCCUCCAGGACUAUUCUCCAUCACCACAAAGAUAGAUAACUAACUGGGAGCUUGGAACAGGCGCCCGAAACAAGCCACCACCCAAUGGUGGGACUUUGUGAUAAACCAUGUUUGGCGAUAGAUGAUUCCAAUCUUUACACCCAAUCUGACAGGGCGUGGGGGGAGUGGAGGCUGGAGAACAGGAGCCAGAGAUAUUCCCAUUGUAGUCGGCACUGAAUGGAGGUGUCACUGCCCUUUGCCCUCACAAGCGACUGCAACAAAGCAUGAUUGCAUCCAGACCAUUGGAGUGGAAUGAAGGAACAGGAGAAGGCCAUUCAGCCCCACGAGCCUGUUCCACUAUUCUAUUAGAUCCUGGCUGAUCUGUACCUCAACUCGAAUUACCUGCUUUUGCCCAAUAUCCCUUGAUCCCCUGACCUAACAGACAUCCAUCCACCUCGGGU